GAUUGCUUUGACUUGAAAGACAAAACAUUCAGCACAGACAACAAUAGGUAAAGAUUGAGAUACCAAGCUGCGGUGACUCGUCGAGUCUCCACUUAACACCCAGUUCCAGGCCCGAAAGGAAUAGACGCCCCUGGAACGUCCCCUGAAGGCGGUUGCUGUGCACGGAGAGGACCCUGCAUUGAUCAUGAAGCUAGCGCACCGCGACACACCCUUCCGGUACCACAGUAGUCCCCUUUGCAGCACUGCCGGGUCUAGGCCGUGGAGAGCUUAACUUUGCGGUGGAGUACAAAUCACUUACAACCCCCCGCUUUUCUCGAGUGAGUUUCAACGUUUGUUUCUUCUUCUCUUCCUCUCUCAGUCAAGGAGGCGUCGGUAAAGAGCAGGUCGGGAAAGAGGAAAUGACCGUCGCAAUAGACGACACCCAGCCACUGCUGCGGAGCAUCACCAAUGAGGGGCACCAGGUCUACACCGAUCCUACACCAGUCCGACACGAUUGCGCCAACCACGACGAAACAACCAUUGUCGACUUCGACCCCAAUGGCGACGCAGAGAACCCGCUCGAGUGGCCGAUGCCUUUCAAAUGGGCUGUCGUGAGCAUGCUCGCCUUGAUGGCGUUCACUGUAACCAUGACCUGCAUCAGCGUAGUCCCUCUGGCCUCAGACAUUGUGCGCGACCUCUCGGACUCGCCAAAUCCGCCCAAAUCCGCCAGUAUCCUACUCGUCACCAUCUGGGAGUUGGGCGAGGCCGCCGGUCCUCUGCUGAUCGCCCCGCUCUCCGAAAUGUUCGGCCGGUACCCCGUCAUGAACGCGGCCAACCUCUUGUUCAUCGGCGCCAGCAUCCUGGCCGCCACCAGCCAGACGGUUCCGCAGUUUGUCGUGGCGCGCAUGCUCAACGGGCUUGUAACCGCCGUCAACGUCCUCAACCCGGCGAUUGUCGGCGACAUCUUCGCGAGCGAUGAGCGCGGCGGCGCCCUGAGUUUGCUUUUCUUGGCCCCGCUCAUCGGCGGCGCGUUUGGUCCCAUGAUUGGCAGCGCCGUGGCCGACAGGUACGGGUGGAGGACGGUAAUCUGGAUGACGGUCGUGGUCGCGUCGGCCUGCGAGAUGUUGUUCCUGUUGUGCUUCCGCGAGACGUACAAGGUUGCCAUUCUCAGGCGGCGGGCCCGGGACAUGGCCUUGCAUGCUGCCGGGUUGGGCAAGUCGUUCAAGACGGCAUUUGACGAGGCCGAGGACGGUCUCCGCGAGGGACUUUCGUCAGAAUGGAACAAGCUGCGAGAUGCGGUGCUGCGGCCGGCAAUUGUUCUGUGCAGCAGCAGGGUGCUGAUGGCUAUGAGCCUGUUCAGCUCGUUCGUGUUCAGCUAUUUCUACGUUUACUCGACCACUUUUUCGGAUAUUCUGCUCGAGAUCUACCACCUCUCGCCGGUGACAGUGGGCUCGUGUUUUGCGGUUUUCUCCAUCGGCUCGACUGUCAGCGUCGUCGUCUGCAACCGCACCCUCGAUCGCAUCUACCGCCGGAUGCGAUUCACACACAAAGGAAUCGACAGACCCGAAUUUCGACUCCCGCUGGCCAUCAUCGGCGGCUUUGGCUUGCCGAUUACCAUCGCCGCGUAUGGUUGGGCUGCAGAACUGCGCCUGCCGCUCUUAUUUUUGCUGUUUUGCGUCUGCGCCAUGGGCGCCAUGCUAAUGCUAGGGAUGAUCCCCGUCAUGGCGUACGUCGUGGAUGCAUUUGGGCUCUUUUCGGCUUCCGCCAUCACCGGUAUCAUCGUCUCGAGGUGCCUAAUCUCGACUUUUCUUCCCUUGACGGCGGCGCCGUUGAUCGAAAUGCUUGGGUACGGAUGGGGUUUCACGGCGCUCGCCGCCUUCAGCUUGCUCCUGGCUCCUAUCCCCGUCUUGAUGCUGCGUUAUGGGGCGCACUGGAGGCGGUCUUCCAAGUACAGUCGGGAUGCUUGAGAUUUAUGACUGAUGGCUCAUGACUUGACUGGGACCACGACUUAUGAAUCAUGACGUGAACGAAGACAGAUCUGGCAGGCCGAUGUAAUACGGAUGUAUUGUACAAGUACAUGUGUGGUAGACUUUCUCAUUAAAAAACAGGAAAAGAAAAGAGAAAGAAAAAGGGGUAACUAGUUAGAGAAGAGAAGAAGAAGAGAAGGACUUGCAUGACUUUCCUUAAUUCCGUCAUUCUGUCAUUUUUCGAACGUCUAUUAGGCUGGCGAGACGAUACCUCAAAGCGGACUUGGGUCUUUCAUUGCCGAACUGUCCCGAAUGUACG